GUCAUUGGAAUUUAGGUGGAGCUUCCUCCUUCAGUGUCUAUUCGGAUUAAAAAGCUGCUCUCACUCACACAUUCAAACAUAUACACACACUCUUCAGGAGCCUUCAUAAAACCCCUUUGUCCCACGCUGCUGAGUCAAUAGCAGAAAAAGCUCAUCAGUUUGUGCACCUGGCCUCUAGAGAAGCCACUGACCAUUCCACAAGAUGGUGCAGUACGGCCUUGACUACACAAGGUGCAGAUGGAUCUUGCCUCUGAUGUUAGGCAUAGCGGUCAUCUUUGGCCUUAUUGCGCUGGCUGGCAGGGGCUGGCUGGAGUCAGAGACGUUGCCCUAUCAGCAUCAAGCCUCGUUAUGGGAAAGCUGUACAAGGUUCAACGGUGACCCUGACUGGACAUGCAUCUCCCUGAUGGACUAUGCCUGGGGGAGAGCAGCUGCUGCCACAUUCCUUGUUGGCUAUAUCAUUCUGGUCAUUUGUUUUGCCCUGGCCAUCAUAGCAUUCGCCAUUGAUACGCUUCGGUUCAACUUCAUACGAGGAAUUGGAGGCUUGCUCUUUGUUGCUGCUGUGUUCUCGGUCAUGGGCCUGGUCAUUUAUCCAGUGAAGUUCACAAAUGAAAUUGACCUGAGAGGAGUCAAUAUGUUCAGCUGGGCCUAUGGCUUUGCUUGGACCACCACCAUUAUGGAAAUAGGCCUGGGGUUCUUCUUCUGCUGCCUCCCGAAUUACGAAGAUGAGAUCCUGGGCAACGUCAAGCCCACAUAUUUUUAUACUUCCCCAUAAAUACUAGAAACAACAGGAGAGGUGCCUUACUGUUGUUUUGAUAUUUAGAGUCCAGAGAUACAUACAGACUAUCUUAUUUUUACAGAGUAUUAUGACCAGGAAUUAGUAGAAAGGCUUGAAAACUUUUUUAUGCAAGUAGAAAUAUAGUGUUGGAGUUAUAGAAUAGAAUAUCUAAAUUGUUCUGAAUUUUCCUCUUUGAUGUGGGUUUGUUAGCGUUAAUUAUUCUACCAUUUUGUAUUGCUCCAUUACUUCCCAUUAGUAGGAGUGUGAGGUGGUUCUGGUAUUGGUGUUUCAAGCAUUUGUGUUUUUAUUUAAUUUCAAACAAGCCUUUUAAUUCCUCAGGGAAUCAGUUAUGGGACCAGACAACACAAAUCCUGGUUCCCUGAGGCAAAGCAGCUCAGGAAAACCAGAUACCAUGAUAUGUGGGUUUAUUUGUAUAAUUUAACCUGAAAACUUAAAUUUGGUUGCUUAAAAAACCUGCCUACCCACUUUGUGCCACCAUUGCCAAUAAUUCAGUCACCACUUCGUAACUUUGUUUCCUCUUUUAUUCAUAAAAAAUAUAACACUUAGAGUCAGAGACGAGAUAGAGAAAACUACUUCCUUGUUUCUAACAAGCCAUUUUCAUUUCUCUCAAUGCUUUUGUUGCAAAGUUAGUUGCUAAAUGGUCAAAGGUCAGAAUAAGAAGAAAAAUAAACUGUCUUCAAAUACCACUAAACAUAACCAAGUAUUAUCACUGUGUAGUGUGCACUGCAAUCCAAGCAGUCUGAAAAAUCCUGGGUGAGAUUCUGGGCUGCUACUCAGUGGAGUAGCACAGGAUUAGCACACUGAGGGAGGGGGACAAAAGUGGCUUUAAGUCAUCCUUUCACCCUUCAGAUUCUGGGCUGCUCUGAGGGCUGGAGAGACCCCUGCUGUAACACAGAGAGUCCUGAGGAACUGUUUAAGUUAUGUCAGUCUCACCAGGUUGCCCUAUGGGCAGCAGCGCUGUCCAAACCUCUAUAGACCUAUGUGCUAUGGCUCCACCCAUGACCCGCCUCCUCUGCUCCUAACCCCAUCCUUGGCACGGGGCCUAUGCCAACGCCUCAGGAGUCCUUGAAGGACAGCCUGUUUCUGUCUUCUUCAAUUUCU